AUGUGGACAGAGGAAGAUGGUAGAACUCAUUUUGGUUGUACUAGAAAAGCAAGAACAAGAAUGCUGAAGGUUUGGGAAAAAGCUCUCAUUGUAAAACUACUUGGAAGGAAUACAGGAGUGGCUUUCAUGAAAAAGAAGAUUGAAAUACUAUGGGCUAGAGCUGGAAAGACUAACGUUACAGAUGUAGGUAAUGGAUUCUAUGUGGUGCAAUUUAGCAACAAAGAUGAUCUUCUUUUUGCUCUAAAUGGUGGUCCUUGGAUUAUUUUAGGCCAUUAUUUAUCACUCCGACGUUGGGAGCCAGCUUUUAGACCAAAUGCUGAAAGUGUGAUGAAGAUUGCAGCUUGGGUGCGAUUACCGGGUAUCCCACUGGAGUAUUAUGAUGAAGCCUUUUUCCGCCGUAUUGGUAACUGGCUAGGUAAAAUGUUGAAGAUCGAUAAGACAACUAAUGAGCAUGUAAGAGGACAGUUUGCUCGAAUUUGCGUGGAACUGGAUCUUGCUCAGCCUUUGAAGGGUGAAUAUGUGUUGGACGGAGCAACUAAACAGAUAGAAUAUGAAGGUUUAGGCCUUAUUUGUUUCCAUUGUGGGCGCUAUGGACAUAGUAAAGAUUGUUGUCCUGAGAUACCAGUUGAAGGAAAGGAUAAUCAGCAAAAUCAAGACGGGAAAAAAGAUGAGGCUGAGUUUCAGAAAAAUGGAUUAGGUCAUGAAAAAGAAAAUCAAAUAAAUGGGAAGAUAGUUGACAGAGGUACCUCAAACAAUAAUACAACGAACUUGAGGAGGCAAGUUGCGAUUCAUAGUAGUAAGGACAUUGGAGGUAAAAGCGGUGGAGAUUCCAUGGUGGCUAGGAGUACUGUUGCUGAUUAUAACAAAGAUUGUUAUCAAAUGGAGGUGGAUAAGGAUGGUCAAAAUAUCAACGGCUUAGAUCAUGGCUUGUCCCAACCAAAAGCGCCUGAUCCAAGUAGAGAUAAAGGAAAGCAUAUCCCAAUAAACCAUAAGCUCAAUAUUGAGGUGGAGAUGAUUUCAGAAUCUGAAACUCAGUGCAAUGACAAUGGGAUGGCAAUGGACCCACAAUCCUGCCAAAUUACCAUUGAUUAA